CCAAAACCCCCGUGACAUUGACUGUCACAGCAGAUAAAGAUUUUUGCAAUUAAAAGUACGUGUAUAUAGUUCUUCACAAUGAGCGGUGAUAUUGCGUGGGCAAUAAAGAAUGGUGAUUUAGAACAAGUGAAAGACAUAAUCGAAAAACUGGCUGUCGAUGUUAACCAAGAGUUUGGGGGCCGUCCGCUCAUUUUAUACGCCGCAGAUUACGGUCACGCGGCAGUCAUAGAAUAUCUCAUUUCCUUAGGAGCAGAUGUGAACUCAAAAGACAAACAUGGUAUUACACCAAUCCUGGCGGCGAUUUGGGAGGGUCACAAAGACUGUGUGAAGUUGCUCAUCGAAAACGGUGCCAAAAAAGAUGGAGUCGCGCCUGAUGGAAAAUCUUACUUAGAAUCGGCGGAAAAUAAUGAAAUCCGACAACUGUUGGCCUAAAAAGUAAAUCGCGCGAUCGGCCACUUUUUUUGCGUCGGCCAGCGCAUCAUAAUUUUUAAUCCAAGGGACUAUGUAUUAAGUUUUUUUGCUUCAAAUAUUUGAAGCCCAUCAUGUUACCCUAAAUAUCAACCCAAUGGUGAAGUUAUUUGGUUUUGCUCAAAAACUUAAUACCUAUGUUGACACCGCGCCGGCUGUGGUUUUGGAACAAAUUGUUUUGUAUGCCAAACAAAAUACAAAAUGCCACUUACUACAAUGAGAUAAUUGCUGUCCUUUUUGAAGAUGUCCAUUAAAAUAUUUUUUACAAUGACAAGAUGCAGUGUAGAGCGCUUAAAAACGUUUACUAUUUAGAUGUUUCAGUGGUAGGCUAGUUUAUAAUUUAUUCCAGAAUAAAUUUUUUUUAAUUAA